AUGCUGCCACUGGUGCUGUUGCUCCUGGCAGGGGACUUUGCAGUCGCCUCCAACUCUUACGACUUUUUCGACCCUCACAUAAUUGAGCCUUCAGAAUACAGAACACCGGAAUGUGAUCGUUAUGACUACCCAGCAUGUCCCAGGAUCCUCAGCCCCGUGUGUGGAAGCGACUUGAACACUUAUGGGAAUGAAUGCAUCUUGUGCAUGAAGAUCAGGGAGGAUGGGAACCCUAUUAAUAUCAUCAAAGAUUCGCCUUGCUGAUGGGCAGUGUAUGGACGAGCAGUUUACAUUUACAGCCCUGGUGACUUUUGCACUGCCUCACUU